GGGAAAAUAACUCUGCUGAGAUUGAUGUCGCGACGCGGUAUCUGAAACGUUUAAAUACCCCUGGCAUCGAAACACAGCGAAUGUAAUUUUCGGUGGAACUAAUAGGAUAUCAUAAAAAUGCUUACGCUGCAGUUCGGACAGUGCGGAAAUCAAGUCGGUCACACGUUGCUCUCAACCGUAGCGUCAGACUUGUUUUCCACUAAUACCGGAGUGCCGAGUAAACGGAAUUCAGAUUACGUUCAGGCCGGCUUUGACACGUGGUUUAAAGGGCUGCAGAAAAAUGGCAAACACUUGGCUAGAGCGAUCCUUGUAGAUACAGAGCAAAAAGUGGUGAACACGGUAUGCAGCAGCAAUGAAACAAACUCCAUGUGGACUUACAGUCCAGAAAAUAUUGUAUGCUGUGCAGGAGGAGGUUCUGCUAACAACUGGGGAUAUGGACAUUACACUAAGGGUCCUCAACUAAGUUCAGCGGCGCUCGAAGCAGUGAGGCAUGAGGUAGAGACGGUUGAUACCUUUCAAGGAUUUUUAGCAAUUCUCAGCUCAGCUGGAGGCACUGGAUCUGGAGUUGGUAGCUACUUGAUGGAAAAAAUUCGCGAUGAAUAUUCGACCAAGACGAUGGCCAGUGGCAUCGUAUUUCCAUACGGAUCGGGAGAAGUCUGCACCCAGAAUUACAACACAUUGUUAACCUUGGCUAAAUUCAUUGAUAUAACUGACGUCGCUAUACUUUUUGAAAACGAUCAAAUACAUGGGAUUUGUGAAAAUUUGAUUAAAGUCCCGAACGCCAAUUUGAAUGAUUUGAAUCAUGUUAUCGGACAGAAACUUGCUGCCGUAUUACAGCCUGUCUUAGGCAAGACAAAUAUUCUCUCGACGCUGGUUCAUCAAUUAACUCCCCAUCCGCAAUACAAAAUUGCAACAAUAAAAACGUCCCUUCUUGCUCUACCAUCUUGUAUGCUUUACAGCGGUGACUACAAGUGGAAUUCGAUUGUUUGGCAUCUGAAACAGAUGUUAAGAGCUCCCGCUCUCAAUCUGAACCUCAUUGACAUGGAGACAAAAAUGCCAUCAAACUCAAUACCUUCAAGGACAGCUUUUGCCUAUUCCAAGUCUGUAUCAAACAUAUUGAUUUCACGUGGCUCUUCAAUUGGCAAUGACACCAUAGUUCCGGCUGAGUUGAACGAUGAAAAAUUGUAUGCUGACUGGGUCCCGAAUGUAGAGAAAAUUGCCCACUUACAUCAACCACGAAGACUUCUUGGUAAAGAUAAGGUCGCAGCUCUUGUUACCAACAAUUCUCAAUUGCAUCGACCGAUUGAUGCUAUAGUUGACAAGGCCUGGAACACUUACAUACAUUCAGCUUUUUUGCAUCAGUAUAAACAACAUGGAGUUGAAGAGGACGAUUUUUUGCAAGCUUUUGCAAAAGUUGAAAAUAUAGUCAAAGUUUACAGAGAAUUAUGUAGCGAGGAAAUUCUUUCCUGAAU